AUGAGCGACUUUGUCACCGAGGCAUUCACACUCCUGGCAGUGGCCAUUGUGAUCAUUUGCCUCCGGACUGCGGCGAGAUGGAUCAUGGUCGGACCAAGGAAUUUCCAGCCAGAUGAUUAUCUGAUGUUGCUGGCGUGUGUGGUGUACGGGCUGGAGACGGGCGCUGCAUACAUGGUGGGCGCAUGGUUCCAGGGCCUUGCGAACAAUGCCAUGACCGACGAGCAGCGCAAAGCAUUGUCUCCCAACUCGAAGGAAUAUCGACUGCGUGUCGGAGGCUCUAAGGUCCAGGUGACUGGUUGGUCUCUCUAUACGCUACUCUUGUGGCUUUUGAAAACCUGCAUGGCUGUCUUUUAUUCUCGUUUGACGGCGGGCUUGAUCAACAUGCGAGUUCGAAUUCAUAUCGCCUACGGCCUCAUUGCUGCCACGUAUAUUGCAACUGUUUGUUCCAUUCUUUUUGGUUGCUAUCCGAUGCAUAAGAAUUGGCAGAUUCAUCCGGACCCUGGAAACUACUGCCAGCCGGCCGUGUCCAAGAUCGAUAUCUACGUGACCGUCGUACUCAAUGUUGUGACCGACAUCUAUCUCAUCAGCAUCCCCGCUCCGAUGCUUUUUAAGGCUCGACUCCGCUGGCGAGAAAAGAUUGAGCUUCUGGUUCUUUUCAGCGGCGGCUUGUUCGUCAUGAUGGCCGGCAUUCUGCGCUGCGUUUUGAUUUUAACCGCUGGUGCCAAUGGCGCUGAGCAAGCCGGGAGCUGGGCCUGUCGUGAGACAUUCGUCGCCGUUGUCAUUGGCAAUAUUCCGAUGAUCUACCCACUUCUCCGUCGUGUCGCUCGCCACGCAGGCCUCUAUCUAAGCACCAGAGGGAGUGGCUCUCAAAGCGACCCCGCCUACCAACUAUCGGACGGCGAUGCCAGCGGCUAUGCGAAGCGCAAGAAGUUCCGUCAUCCACUGUCCCUCCCAGCUGACUCACAAUGGAAUACCACCAGUGAUGAGCAGAUGAUGCUGCCGACCUCACGCCAGCAGCCGCCUACAUGCACUGCUGGCGACGGUGACUGGGAUACCAGCAGCCACACUAGUCAUGGCGGGGGAAUCAAAGUGAUCCAUGAAACGAUCGUUCACAGUGCUAACAAGGACCCUGGUGUAUAG